GAGGGUGAAAAAUUGCAGCCUUUUUUUUGUGCGCGUCUCGAAGAUCCAACCUUUUGUCUUCACCUCGUUUUUUUUUUUUUCCACAAUGUCGCCUGCUCCCAUUUCGCCUGUCGAGAAAGUGGCCAACGUCAUUCAACCUACGGCCCAUGCAUCUUUACAAGAUAAAGUUGAGGCCAUGCGAGCAUUGUCUGUAUAUCUUGGAGAUCAUGUGUCGCAAGAUCAGGCCAACCAAGUUCUAUCUGUAGUGUCACUGCCCGGACUUUACGCCAACUUGGACAUUGACGACGAUGAACUGACAAAAGCCGUGUGUGAUGUUAUUAAUAAAGUACUGCAACCCUUCCCGUAUGAAGCAAUUAUUGGCCAAGACAACAAAACCUUUUUGAUUCAAGGCUUGGCCCAUUUUUCUCCUUCGAUCCGAUAUCUGUGUUUGCAACAAGUCGAAAAAUCUCUUGCAUCCGACAAUUCCGUUUCAUCUAUGAUCCAUUCAGACAUCUUUCCGCUGGUAUUAACGACAUUGGCCUUCCAAGAUACACGCACGGCCACCAAGGCCGUAGAUAUCAUUGCUCGGGUUGCUCUCACUGAACCAGGUCGCGUAGCCUUCUUUAGCGUUCAAACUGUCGCUAUGCUGCGACGGUUUCUGCAUGUGAGCGGAGUCGUUAGUUUUCGAGUUUAUGAACUCAUUGUCCGGGUGGCCGCUUCGUCGGAUAUCGCAUUCCAAGAAUGCGAACUGUCAGGUCUGUUAAGCCAUGUCGUAUCAGAAGUGAAAUCCGAAGACUUGCUGCUGAAAAUGAACGCCGUGGAUAUGCUCAGCGAAAUUGCCGCAACUCGGUCAGGGCUGACAUUUUUACAAAAAGCUGAUCUACUCAAUGAUCUGGCGCUGGUCCUUGACGAAGAAAAUGAGACCGAUGUGGCCGUCGUCCUCACCAAAUGUGCCGUGCUGAAAUUCUUUGGAAAACUGGGCGAACAACCCGACGUCUCAUUUGAGCCCAUUGCCAGCCAAUAUCAUCUGCUCAACCGCCUACAGCGCUGCUUGGAUAGCCAACAUAAAGAAGUGGCUAUUGCAGCUAUUGCAUCCAUUGGGCUAAUUGGUUCUCACGUCAAUGGAUUACGGUUAAUUUAUACGAACCCGCUGAUGAACACCGUCUUGGAAGGAUGUCACUCUUCUACUGGGGAUGUAAAAACGGUCUACUUGCAAACACUAUCAAAGAUGCUCGCCGUCACCGAUGACAGCAGUAACAACAGCCCUUCGGUAGCGCAAAUGACACUUGAUAUGUUUAAACGAAUGAGUGGCAGCAACACACCGUCUCUAUCUCUCUUGAUUUCCACCGCCAAACAACCGGUAGAAGAAACGAAAAUCGCCGCUUUUGCAGUGUUGCAAAGUGUUGCUUCACACACAUGGGGUCGACAGGAAAUGGCCCAAUCUCGCGAAUUUUUAGGAUAUAUUUUGGAUCGUGCCACAGAGCACAGCCGUCAGGGACAGACCUGGAAAUAUGGUAUCGUCAAGACAUUGGCAGAAGCGCCCGAUAGUGCAACAACCUUUGGAGAACAUUAUUCGAUGUUUGUGCAAUAUGUGAGACAAGGUCCCUCCUUCCAAACAAACGAGCCUAUGGCUGCCCUAGAAAGUGCAUAAUCCUUUCAAAUUAUAAAAAAAAAAAGCAUUUGACUACACUGCAGAAUGAAGCUGAUGACCCAGACGAGGUGGAUAUCGUGGCAUUUAAAGAUUCUCAAGGAGUUGGGUUCUGACGAUUUUACAAAGGUGAAAAAAGACCAAC